AUGGCUGCCCUCCUCCUCUCCGCUCUCCUCCCUCUCGCGGCCGCUGUUCCCUGUGUCCAGUUCGAUGCCAGCUUCAACCUCUACGCGUUCGGUGGCGAGAACGACGUCUCGCUCGGCGCUGCGUCCAGCUGGAGCUCGCCCUCGCCCACAACUCUGAGCACCACCAACCGCCCUCCUUGGACUGGUAACCAGACUCAGUGCUUCCUCUCGCAGUCGAACAAUGCCAUGUACGUGUAUGGCGGCGAUGCCUCGGACCUGUCCAGCAUCUACAUCUACGACUUUGCCGCCAACAGCUGGACUGUCCAGGCGACGUCGGGUGCCCCUGCCACUCUUGGCAACUCGCGUUCGUCGGCUGUCCUCGACCACGACACCAACGUCAUUUACACCAUCAUUGGUGCCGGCCAGUCCAUGUACCAGCUUGACCUCGGCUCUGUCACAAACACGGCCUCGGGCACUGCCGCAUGGUCGCUUGUGGAGAGCCCCUCGUUCACCACCACCAACUACGAUGUCACUGCAGCCCUGGCGGCCAACCACAUCAUGUACUUUGGUGUUCCCGACACUGCUGCUGGCUCGGCCAACGUCUUUGUUAUCCACUACGCCUACUUCCAGCCCGAGGUUCAGGCCUUCCCCACCACCGGCUCGGGUUCUGCCUUCCCCGACACUGUCGGCCAGGCCGUCUCGUUGCCCACAUCGGAGAACUCGACUCCUUACCAGAUGCUCUUUGUCCCCGAGGACUUCUCUGGCGCCUACCUUGUCAGCCACUGGACCGACCUGGGCAACUACUCCAUCACCUCGGACUCGCCCAUGGACCUGUCGCUCAUCAACUCGACCCAGGCCUUCCCCACCCCUUCGUCCAAGGACACCAACGCCGCCUACGCGUGCUCAGACUCGGCCUGUGUCCAGGUCGACUCGACUGGUGACAUUUACUACAUCACCGACGCUGUCAGCAACUACACCGUCUCGUCCAGCGCUACCUGGUCCAAGAUGAGCUACGCGCUCACUCUCUCGUCUUCGUCGUCGGCUACGGGCGCGGCCUCGGGCACUGACGCUGCUAGCGGCACCGCUACUGCCACGGGCUCGGGCUCCGCCAAGGCGGGCUCGUCGACCACCAAGUCGUCGACCUCCGCUUCGGGCUCGUCCACCGCCGCCGCCUCCGCCGCGGGCCGCCUCGGUAUCCGCACCGACAUCCUCGGCUUCACCGUCGGUGUUGCCGCACUUGUCGCCGCCACCCUUCUCUAA